AUAUGUAAUGGUGCGUUUCAUCAAAAUGAAGUCGAUGGUUUUUCUCACUUCUGCUUUGUGUGUGGUAGUCUUUCCACACGUAUUUGCGAAAGACUAUUACUUGGCAAAACAAAAUGUGAAUUGGUUUGGUGCAAUGGAAUAUUGCAUCUUUCAUGGUAUGCAAUUGGCAACUGUCGAAUCACAGGUGGAGCAAAUAGAACUAGAAGCUGUCUUAGCGCAUGACGGAGAUGCACCAGGUCAUAUAUGGAUUGGUGGUUCGGAUUUGGCAAAGAAAGGUAAUUUCGUAUGGAGUCCAACAGCUGAACCAUUCACUUAUACCAGCUGGGCUUAUUCUAAAUCAAGACCUGGUUAUACACGGCGUUGUGUACAACAACACCAUCAAGACGGUAUUAUUGGAUGGGUAGUUCAAGAUUGUUUCCACAUCUUAUGGGUGGUUUGUGAAACUUUGGACUAGUGUUCAUAUCAAACUUAUUAAAUGCUAAUUUAAUGCUAUUAAAUGUA